AUGUACCCAGUUAAUUCGCCAGCAGUAUUGAUGCAGUGGCGCAUCUUGAUAACGCUGCUAGCACAGUUGUCACCAGCAAGAAGGGCAGAGUUCCGAAGAAUAUGGUGUGAUUUCGUCCUACCCCCAAUGGCACGACAACAGCCUCCAGUGAAGAGGAAGGCUGAGACAGCCGUAAAGGUGCCAGUGGCAAAGUCAUAUACAAGCAGUCGUCCAACUGAGGGAUGUAAACCCCUUGAUGCAAGGGAAAUACUGAAUAGAAAGAGACAAUCCCGGGAUUCUUUCCGUCCUGACGAUACCAAAAGUCGAAAAACAGAAAGUCACCCUGUUCCACAGGUAUCAAAUCCAGUCGUGGACAAAUAUAACAACGUUAACAGAAUACAGAAGGUUACCCUUGUAUCAGAGGCCUUUGACAGCCAUUUCCAUUUGGACAGGGCAAGUAUUUUAAUAACCGGUUCCCUGGAGAUGUCUGUUGAACAAUGCCUCCAGGAAAAAUUGAUUCCACAGCCAGAUAUUGCAGUAGAGGUGAUUGGAGGAGUACUAGUAUACUGCGAUCCGGAUACAUACCCGCAAGUGUUACCAGACACCUCAAGAUGGAAGAUAGCCAUAGGGCUGCAUACAAAAGCUGCACCCUAUUUUAACAAUGACCAGUUUACAGCAAUGCAGGAGGCAUUGAGUGACAUGUGUGUAUCUGCACUGGGGGAAAUCGGGUUAGACAGGACCGUCAACCAAAUACACUGGAUGUCCCAGGAAAAGAUUUUUGAUAAAUUGUUAGGAUUGGCUAGACCAAACAAACCAGUGAUUCUACAUUUGCGUGGCCAGGCCAUGGAGACAAUGUCAGACGCUGUAUACUAG